AUGAGUACUCCCGCGCUUUCCGACGACACUGGUAGCUCCUCUUCACGCGAAAGCUCUCCACCCGCUACACCCACUUCUGGAGUCAGUCGUGCACCAUCUGUUUCUUUUGAUGACUAUUCUAAGCAUACACACGCUGGCGAUGGCACGGACAUCAGGAUUGUCGAAGCAGACGCGGACUCCUCGCUACCAGAAGACAUCACCCGUCCGCUGAAACGGAGGCGGUUGGCGGACACAAGGGCUGAUGAAGUCCGCGCAGAGAGAGCGCUGCCGCCUCAUAUCUGGAGCGAUGAAACCAUGGUCGAUGACGGCGCGUUCUUCGGUCUUGGCCAUACACCCAUCAGCGACUGCGCGAGUGUCGGGGACGUCGAGCCCGAUGCAUUGCACCCGUCACUAGAAUACGUCUCCCGUCCAUUGAAACGGAACCGAAGCGCAAACACAAGCACCUAUGACGUUCGCGCGAAGAGGGCGCGGACGUCUGGCACUUCGAACGACGCAACCAAAGCCGAGGACCGCGCAUGUUUCAGUCUUGGGCAUAUACCCAUCCACGACUACACGAAGAUCAGGGUCGUCGAACCUGACGCGGAUCCCCCGGUCGCCCCCGGUAUUGACAUACACGUGCCACUUGAAGCUAUCGCUCGCCCGCAGAAGCGAAAACGGUGUGCAGACACGACAGUCGACGAAGUCUGUGUUAAGAGAAGGCGAUUGUCUGACAUUCCGAGCGACGCGUCAAAGCUCAAAUAUGGGGGUCCUUAUGGACCUCACCCUAGAUGCAUGAUCACGGGGUGCGUGUCUGCUGAGGUGGAGGCGUGCUAUAUCCUGCCCCCUGACACGCCUCAGCCGUUAAGCGACUGCGCGACGCUCCGUAUGCCCUCUGACUCUAAUGCUGUUCAUUGUAGCACGCGUGAAAACAUCAUAUUUCUUCGACGUGACUUCCGUAUACUGUGGGAGACGAACCGCCUGUUAAUGAUACCCCAUCCCGAUCAUAUAGACCAUCCCGAUACCCGCUCUGCCUACAAGUACUACGUCGUGGCAGAAGAUGAGCAUCCUCUAGAUUCGGGCACCCCCCAGGAUUAUACCAUUAUACCUCCAGUCGCGAGGGCUUGUAGCCCGUAUCGCUCGCUGGGGUGGCACAACCUAAGUGCGAAUCUGCAUUUAAUGACAAUUCGAGUGGGCCGUGAAUUCAUCAAGCGACCACUUCACUACGAGCAUGUGUUCCCUAUGGACGCUCUUGUACAUAUACCCAUCAUCCGGCUAGCCCAGCCGGAUGCAGUUGAGCCGGUCUCCCCCAAUAUUGAACGAGAGUCGCCAGUCGAAGGCAUCCCCCGGCCGAAGCGAAAGCGGGGCCUAGACACAGAGACUGAUGCAGUCCCCGCCAAGAGAAUGCGCAUGUCCAACAUCGAGCACGCCGUUCCUUUUGGACCCCACCCGAGAUGCGUGAUCACCGGCUGCGUGUCUGCUGAUGUAGAGGGGUGCUAUAUCUGGCCUCUAGACAUGCCUCAGCGAUUGUUCGACAACUUGAUGUCCAGAAUGCGUGGCAACUACAACACCCUGCGUUGUCAUGCACCUAGGAAUAUAAUAUUCCUUCGGCGCGACCUCCGAGAGCUGUGGGAAACAAACCGUUUGUUGAUGAUACCCCAUCCUGAUCAUUUGAAGAGUGUUGACUGUUGCACUGUGUAUAAGUAUUGCGUCAUCGCAGAGGACGAGCACCCUCCCGACUCGUGCGCGACCAUGGGUAACCCCAUCACGCCUUCCGUCAUGACGGCCCCUUGCUCAUAUCGGUCGCUCGGGUGGCAUGAGUUGAAAGCCGAUCCCCGUCUGAUGUCUGUCCUCGCUACUGAUGUCAAGACUAUUAUAUGCGAAGGCAAUGCUACUACCAUUCCCAUUAUCAUGGCGUUCCCCAUGUCGCGGACUACCUUCGGACAGUCCAGCGACGAAUGGUUCCAGACACUAUCAUUGAUUGGUCUAUCGACGAACGGUGCGCCCGUGUACACAAGAUUAUGGCGCGACACGCUUGAAUCGCUAUCCUCUCUCCUCGCGCCGCGCACCGAGCCCUCAUCAACAUUCGGCGACACGGGCACUGUGGUUCUUCCCGGUGCCUCGAGCACUUCACAUUUCCACUGGCUUUUGUGA